AUGACUCACUCAUUCACAGUUUCUUUCUUUUUGAAAACAUCAAUCAAAAUACAAAAGAUUCACUCAGAAAAUUUCACAUAUUUUAUAAAUUUUAACAAUCAGUUGUUUUUAAAAUCCAAUCGUUUGUUUCUUUGUUUUUUUAUCUUUAAAACAAAAUUUUCAAAUCAAAAACAAAUUAAUUUAUUUAAUUAAUUACAUUAAAAAAGGAUAAAAAAAUAUGAGUUAGCAAAGCGGUAGAAAUACUGCUAAUUCUAAAACAGUUUUGAGAAAGCCAUCAACUAGCGAAAAAUCGUCCAAGUUGCAAAUAAACUCGGUUCCUACUUCAUAAGAAAAGAUAAAUUCUACUUAAAGCACAAGUUCUAAUAACUUUAAGCUUCCCCCAACAAAUAAUUAAAAUAACAAAAAUGUAGUGUUAAUUUAAAAUGUAGCUGGAGUAAUAUUUUUAUUAGGAAUAAUUUUAAGAAGCAGAAAUAUAAUAUAAGCAUUUAAAAUUAGGAUGGUUUAUGGUGCACAGUAAAGGAAGAUAAGUAUGCUCAAUAAGCUGAGAGGUUUAUUGAGAAAAAAACUAAAUAAGCAGAAUCUAAAAUAGAAAGUGAAUUAGUAAGCACAUUAGAAAAACAAUGUUCAGAUUUAGGAAAAGAGCUUGAAGUAGAAAAGAUUAAAGUGCAAAAUAAAAACAUAGAAAUAGUUUAAAUGAAGAAAAUUAUAGAUUAGCAAAGUGUGCAAUUGCAAGAACAAUCAACAGAAAUUAUGCAUUUAAGAAAUUCUAAAAAAAACUUAGAAGAAUAGUUGGAGAAAACAAGAGAUGGAUUCAACCAGUUAAAAAGAGAUAUGAAUAGAGUUUAAUCUGACUCUACUUCAGAAUCUUAAAAAUCUAGCGAUUUAAAAAAUAUAUAUCUAGAACUUAAAAAGUAAUUUGAGGAAUACAAAUUAGUCAUGAAAUAAAGAAUAGAUGAGACUGAGUAAAAACUAGAAGAAACAUUAGAGGAAAAUGAAGAUUUAAGAAGAGAUUUACAAAUAAAAUCUGAAAUAUCUCAAAGAAUUGAACUUGAAAGAUUAAAAAUGUAUGAACAAAAGGAGCAAUAAAGCAUUAAUGAAAAUGAAAAAAGAAUUGAAAAACUUACAAAAUUAUUAGAAGAAAAUGCUGUUCUUAGCGAAAAACUUUCUGAGUCCGAAACAUAUAAAAGGAAAUUCAAAGAAAAAAAUAUUUAAUUGGAGAAAUCACUAAAAGAAAUACAGUAAUAAAGAGAUAAGAUAGAAUAGGCAUAUGUUUAAAUGAAAAAAAGAGUUAAUGAUUUAAGUGUUUUAAAAACUACAAAUAAUAAAAUCUUAGAAGAGAAGAUCAAAUCUCUCUCUAAGGAAAACGAAGAUUUAACUGAAGAAAAUAAAAAACUUAAAAAGUAGCUUUAAAGAAAACCAGCUGUAGUUUAAGAUUAUGAAGAAGAGGAAUAGGAAGAGUUAGAAGAAGUUUAAGCAAAGCCAUUCCUCUUUGGGCCAAUAGAUAAUGGAAAAUUCUGA